GCAUGACACUCGCUUUCAUUUACGAUUUUACAAAGUAGGGAAACACUCAGUACACCUUUUGUAUAUAGUGAACGAAACAUCAUCGGGUUGUGGAAUAUCAUCGUCAGGCCUCUCUCCUCCUCUGAAAGCAAGACAGACCCUCACCCUUAAAGAAAUACAGGCUGACAGAAAGAACAUUCAUUCUCAUCCGCUCCCCGACCUCGGCUUUCCAUCUAUUCCACAUGACUGGGUUAUGCAGCAGCCGUGACCAGCAGACCAGCACCUGUGUUCUUGGUUGAAACAAGAUGUCAUCGGCCAAUGAGAAUGGAGUCAGUGGGUCUAGCAAUAACAGAGAGAAGACAUAUAAAAAGACUACUUCAUCUACCCUAAAAGGAGCUAUCCAGCUGGGCAUCGGGUACACAGUGGGAAACCUGACCUCAAAACCUGACCGAGAUGUGCUCAUGCAGGACUUCUAUGUGGUGGAGAGCGUUUUUUUACCCAGUGAGGGAAGUAACCUGACUCCAGCGCACCAUUAUCCAGACUUUCGCUUCAAAACGUACGCGCCAUUGGCUUUCCGUUACUUCCGGGAGUUGUUUGGAAUCAAGCCAGAUGAUUACCUGUAUUCUAUCUGUAAAGAACCUUUAAUCGAGCUGUCUAACCCGGGCGCCAGCAGCUCGCUCUUCUACCUGACCAGCGAUGAUGAAUUUAUCAUCAAAACCGUCCAGCACAAAGAAGCUGAGUUUCUGCAGAAACUGCUUCCAGGAUACUACAUGAACCUCAACCAGAACCCAAGGACUCUCCUACCCAAGUUCUACGGGCUCUACUGCGUCCAGUCGGGAGGGAUGAACAUUCGCGUCGUUGUUAUGAACAACGUUCUACCACGAUCUUUAAAGAUGCACUACAAAUAUGACCUGAAAGGCUCUACGUACAAGAGACGGGCGUCUCGUAAGGAGAGAGAAAAAUCCUGUCCCACCUAUAAAGACCUUGACUUUGUGGACAUGCACGAGGGCUUGUACUUUGACCCAGAGACAUACAAUGCCUUGAUGAAGACAUUACAACGAGACUGUCGGGUGCUGGAGAGUUUUAAAAUCAUGGACUACAGUCUGCUGCUGGGGGUGCACGUACUGGAUCAGGGUAACAGACUCCGAGACGGAUCGGAUUGGAAGAGAACUUUAACGCAGAAAGUUCUGUACUCCACAGCCAUGGAGUCCAUUCAAGGAGACGGCAAAUCUAAUGAGGCCAUGACCGCCGACAAUACAAUGGGAGGAAUUCCUGCAAGAACAACCCGAGAUGACAAGCUGCUUAUUUUUCUGGGCAUAAUUGACAUCUUACAGUCUUACAGGUUCAUUAAGAAGUUGGAACACUCGUGGAAGGCUCUGGUCUAUGAUGGUGAUACCGUGUCUGUGCACAGGCCAAGUUUCUAUGCAAACAGAUUUCUGAAGUUCAUGAGCAGCAGAGUAUUUCGGAAGACCAAUGCAAACCGCUAUUCCCCGAGCAAAAGGCAGAGGAACUCCGUACCAGCACUGAAGUUCUCCUCUCAGGAGAUUCUGUCUUCACAGAAGGAUGAGAAGCGGGAGGAGAGAAUCGACAGACUCGGAGGAGCACGUAGUCUAGCUAGUCUUGAUGGACCAGCAUUCUGGUCAUCUAACCGUCCCGACCUGGUCCCUCAAACACCCUACCAGUAUGAGGCCACUUCCACGCGCCACAACCUCCCCCCGCCCUCCAUUUAUGUGACAGAUCGCUACCUUGAUGCCAGAUCCAAUGAAAGAUGUGCCAUUGGUUCAACCUUUACAUUGGAGGACAGCGCCAUCUGUCUGACAUCUGAGCAAAGCACCAUGGAGAUAGAUAGAGAUGAUGACUACGUGCUGGAUGUCUAUUUUUGAGGACCAACAUGAGAUGAACCUCUCAUCACAUCACCUGCUUCUGUAGUCAUCUGGAUCUUCAAGUGCCGACAGCUCCCCUUCUGCCAAAACAAGAUGCCAAUUUGCAGACAUUCGCCAACUAACCAGCAGCUGCAAUCAUGCGUAUCUGUACUGUACAUCACAUCACAAUGCAGGAGAAGUCCAUGGACUCUGGGGAAACCUGCAUGUGAAUUGCAUUUCAUCGUAGUGCCAAGAGCUAAUCAAAACUUUUUCCUCACGGAUGCCAUUAACCAAAUGCUGAUUGUGCUUUUGUAGUCCACCAUUGCUUUUGAGAGGCAAAAGAACUUUACAGAUCAUCACGGCAGCUCUGUGGUCAGCAUUCUUCAUUUAAGAGACAUGCAAUAAAUUUGCUCCUUUGAUAUGCAAAGAAGCUUUAUAAACAGCUCUCCACUAUACCUCCUUAGUAUCUAGAUUUUAGGGGCCUAGAUGCAAAGCUCGGUGACUUUAGGUAACAAAGCUGUUCAUAUAUUUGUAAAUGUGCAUUUUUCAUACAUCACACAAGUGUGGUAGCCCUCCUCACUGGAAUAAUAAUCUUGACAUUUUAAUUCCAAGGAAACCGUUUGUAGAGGAAAAUCUAUGUGUGACUUGAAGAGCACAAACACACUUUGUACUGUAAAUGUAUGUUUCUUUCAAUGUAUAGCUAAUUUAUUCCGGUACGUCAAAAAAUAAUUCACGUCAACAGAGUAUCAUUUACACUUUUCAUAGAUGCCAGAAUAUUUUAUGCUUAAAGGCAGAUGAUCAGCAAGACUUUCAGGUGGGGACGGGAGAGUUUCACAUGUGCAUUCUCUCAGGAAAUCUGCUUCCUAGAGGUCAAAAAGAAUGCUGAUGUUAGACGCUUAAAGUGCAUUAUGAUUUUAAAUACCAUAUCAGAACCGUCUUUUAAAUAUUAUUGCACGUUUUGUUUGUUUUGAGGCCAUAAUUUAUUAAAUCAUUAUAAAUGAA